GGUAAUAUUUCCUAUAGAUUUAACACUUUUCAGACAAGAUGCGUGCUUUACUUCUAUUUCUCUUGGUUGGUGUCGCCACGUCCGAGCUGUCACCGUUGUUAGAAAACGCCGAACCUAUCCCGGGAAAGUAUAUCAUCCGACUUAAGGAUGGGAUAGAUGUUGAUGAAAUGACCACCGCUGUUCGUCACUUUGGAGGGAAAAUAGGCCUUAUCUUCCGUAAAGCUCUCAAUGGAUUCGCGGCCGAACUCGCCGAUGACGUCCUCAACAUAGUGCGAAGCCUCCCUGUCGUCGAGUAUGUUGAACAAGAAGGUGUCUAUCGUACUAAGGGCGUCACAUGGGGGCUAGACCGUAUCGACCAAACCUAUCUACCACUCGAUGGGAAAUACGAGCCAUUUGGUACUGGUAAAGGUUAUCUGGUUUGGGUGAUUGAUACUGGUGUUAGGGAAACACAUACUGAAUUCGAAGGACGAGCAUGGCAGGUUGCAAAUUAUGCUGACAAUAUCGACACGGACUGCGACGGACACGGAACACACUGUGCUGGGACAGUUGGCUCUAAGAAUUACGGAGUUGCUUCAGAAGUCUACAUCUAUGGCAUCAAGGUUUUUGACUGCAACGGGAAUGGGGCCACAAGCUAUAUCCUAAAGGGUAUAGAUGACAUCAUAGAUUACGUUGACUACUAUGAUGACAAAUACUCAAUUGCAUCGAUGUCCCUUGGUGGAGGAAGGUCGAGAACACUUGAUGAUGCAGUUGAAGAAAUGAUUGCCCAUGGAGUACCUACUGCUGUAGCGGCAGGUAACGAUGAAGACUACGCUUGUAACUACUCUCCAGCAGCCACACCAUCUGCCAUAACUGUUGGCGCCACGGACUGGAAUGAUUUACGUGCAGAGUUCUCAAACUGGGGGGAUUGCGUAGACCUGUACGCUCCUGGAUUAUACAUAACAUCACUCGGGAUCACAUCAGACCGAGCCCUUGCUGACAAGAGCGGGACUUCCAUGGCUUGUCCUCAUGUUGCUGGUGCUAUUGCCCUCUACGGCAAGAACACGGAUAAUAUGUUGAAGUACACCAACAAGGACAAACUUGGCUGGUUGUCUUCAUCGUGCCCCAAUAAGCUUCUUUACGUGUAG